AUGUCGCGAAAAGUGCUUGCCAAGGACCUGUAUGUCAAGCUCAUCGUGGGAGCUGGGCAGGCCAGCCCCAGUCCGCCUGUCGGUCCGGCGCUGGGAAGUAAAGGUGUCAAGAGCAUGGAUUUUUGCAAGGAAUUCAACGCCCGAACAGCGCAUAUCCAGCCCGGCACGCCGGUUCCGUCUUUCAUCACCAUCCGCCCCGAUCGAUCCUUCACGUUUGAUCUCCGAACACCCACGACUUCAUGGCUGCUGCUUCAGGCGUCCGGCAUCGAGCCGCGCAAGGGCCGCAUUCGCGGUGCGCAGAACCCGGGCUCCGAAUUGAUCGGCACCGUGUCUCUGAAACACGUAUAUGAAAUCGCCAAAAUCAAGCACAGCGAGCUGAGGCUAUCUGGACUGAGCCUAGAAGGGCUGUGCAAGAGCGUGAUGGCGCAGGCUAAAUCGAUUGGCCUGAAGGUUGUGCUUUGA